AUGACUUUCACCCCUAACAGCACCUACCAGUUUAACCUGAACUACCUACUCUCUUCCCUUUCCCCCAAUGCCACGCGUGAAAGUGGUUUCUACAACGCCACUGCCGGCCAAAGCCCCGCGACAACAAUUUACGGCCUCUUCCUCUGCCGUGGUGACCUCACCACGAAUGCCUGCCAAGACUGCGUGGCAACUGCAACCAGAGAGAUUGUUCAGCAGUACUGCCCUCUAGGAAAAGAGGCCAUGGUAUGGUAUGAUGAAUGCAUGCUACGCUACUCAAAUCGGUCGAUCUUUUCCACCGUGGAAGAAGAGCCCAGCAAAUAUCUGUGGAAUGUGAGGGAUAUAACAGAGCCAGAUCGCUUCCGGAAGCUGGUGGAAGCCACGUUGAAUGACUCGGUGCCUCGGGCUGCAAAUGCUUCAUCAGGUGCUAAAAAGUUUGCGGUUAAAGAAGUCAGUUUUACAGAAUUGCAAACGCUAUACAGCCUUGUCUAG